AUGCCAGAUGCAGAUGACGAGAGGGCAGACACGUCUAUUCAGGCACGUUCGUUGUCACAAUUGACGGCGAUCAAGCGACCGCGCCCAGUGAUUUCAUGUUUGGAAUGUCGAAGAAAGAAGCUGAAAUGUGAUCGAACGUACCCAUGUCGGCAGUGUCUCAAGAUCGGUCGCCCGGGAAGAUGCGAAUAUCAGGCUGGACAGGAACCCGAACUGAACACUGCCUACGCGGCAGCAUGGACUACCGCAAACAAGCGACCGCGCCUAGAUCGGGAACCAUCCGAGGGACUCGCGGACAAUGCAAGCGACGCAAGAAGAAACUCCUUUCUUGAGCAAGAGCGUCGCGAACCACGCAGACUUCUCUACUCCCCGGCGCCAGCUGCUGGGGGCGUGAUUGAAGACCUCCAGGAAAGGAUUGCUAGACUGGAACAAGCUCUCCUGGCUCAGGACCGACAAAGUCAGCAACGAGAAGAUCGGCCACGGUCGGUCGCGUGUCAAAGCCCACCGAGCCGCUCAUCGGCAGUGGACUUCAACGGCCCAGAUGAAAGUGACCACGUCGUGCGACCGGGAACGAAUCCGCCAUUCCCAGAUGCGUGCUCGUUCCUGCAGCAUUUGCGAAUGGAUGACCACCACCCUGACAGUGUGGAUCUAAAGAAGGAGCUCAGAUGGGUUCAGGAAGCCAUCGAAGCGGUCAGGCAAAAUGGUCGUCAGCGGCCCGCGUUUUCGUCCAUCCGAAAUGCCUAUGGGCGGUUGCGUCUCCCAGCCUAUCCAGUCUGUCUGAAACUGGCCAUGCUGUAUUUCGACAACCUGGAGCACUGUUUCCGGAUCCUACACUGGCCCGAAUUUCGAGACCAGCUCGGAGUCUACUUCACGAAUGAGAAUCCAGAGCAAGUCUGCAAAUUCGGAUUCGUGCCACAGAUGGUAGGCGUCCUCGCGAUCGCCGCCACUCUCGGCACCCAUUCAGAAUGCGACAUGGGCAGCGCGUGUCCGAUCCUUGAACCGCCCUUGGCCUUGAGAUUCAUCGACGACUUCCUCCACAGUCUACAAGAUCGACAAAGGUACUUGCUCUCCACGUUGCAAGUGAAAAGUGUCGGCCUGAUGUUGAGAUGGAUCACCAUGGCCCCGAUCGACGACCUGUUCCACUUGAAUGGAGACCUCCUCCGAGACGCGUUGGUGAUGAAGAUGGACCAGGACCCGUCGACUCUUCCCGGGACGAGUAUCUUCCAAGGCGAGCUUCGGCGCCGGUUGUGGAUGACCAUCGUGGAAUGCGACCUGAUGCUUUCCAUCCUGUGCAAGCUGCCAUGCAUGGUCCCGCCCUACACAUGCCGACACCCGCAGAAUGUGGAUGACGACGAAAUCUACGAGGGUAUGCAGGCUUUGCCUCAGUCCCGGCCUUUGGAGGAAUGGACCGACGGCCUCUGCCAGUACGUUCUGUCGCAAUCGUUCCCGCGUCGUCUUGCCGCAUGCAAGCAGAUGGACAGCUCCAGCCCAGGCCACGUCAAGUUCCAAGACGUGCUUCUGCACACCCGCUACCUUGAACGAGUGCUGCAAGAGCUCCCUCCGCCACUGCGCUUCAGUUACAUGGGCGACCAGGCGAGCAAGACCCCUCCGCGCCUGAUGGCCCGCAUGGAGCUGGACAUCAGUAUCAGACGGCCUCUGGUGCACCUGUAUUCGUGCUGCGCGUCGGCCCCCAAUGCAGACGACAUCCAGCAGGAAAUCAGAGCCGGGUUUCUGCAGUCUUGUCUGAUGUUGACGACUUUUCAGGAUCUGUUCGAUCCGCAGUUCUCCGAAAUCAAUGUCCCCCGGCCCGAGGGCUACUGGGAUUUCUUCCAUAACGUCUACAGAUACGAACUGGGCCAAGCUAUCCUGGGCUUGUGUCUCGAGAUCAAAAGGUUGAGCUGCGCAACCGAGGCGCACAGAUCGACGCACACAGUCACAACCGAAAGGGCACGAAAUACCUCCUUGAAUCCAGCAACGUCGACAUCGACACCGAGACCGGCUUCGACGCCCUUCAAUGGGACCCCAAAUGAUAGUGCUACUGACGCGGGUGCCGGCGGUGAUGGUCCAUCUACUGGUGGUGCUGGUGGUGCUCCUGCUGUAAGAGCACCGUCAUAUACCAAAGAAAACAUGAUCGACGCCGUCAAAGACAUCCUCGGCCCCAUGAAACGUCGGCAGCUCCACCACGGCGCCAGUCUCAAAGACCUCGUCUACUUCACCGUGGUCUUGACCUCUGUUUUACCGCCACAGCCAGGCGUGACGAAAGAGGCCAUGAUCCAUCAAGCCCUCCAAGGCUUGGUCCGUGACUGCAGAGCUCACUUGGAGCGAGAACACGGGUCCAUCGUGAACAGUGAGGCCUUCCAACAAAGACAUCGCCCGAGCCCCCAUCCUUAUCCUGCGUCCUGGUCUGUCACCCGUCCGCCACUACCUGUAGGUCCCAAAUUCGAUCCCACCUGGGCUGAGUUUCCCGAUCUCGAUUUCCUCGACGCCACUGGCCCGGAUGAGGUGAUGCGGGUGGCAGUGGAUUGA